AUGGAGGCGGUGGCAGCCGCGGAUACGGCGCUCAACAACGCCACCUCGCUCGGCCUGGGCAUGGUGAUGGGCGGCAGCGAAUCGGGCGUCCUUCCCGGCACCCUCUCCUCCUACACCACCGCGCUCGGCCUCAACGAGGCACUCCAGCACGACCCUCGCGCGCUCUGGUCGUCGUUCGCCAUGAUCAUCGUCUCCGAAAUCGGCGACAAGACCUUCCUCAUCGCCGCCAUCCUCGCCAUGCGUCAGAGCCGCCUCGUGGUCUUUAGCGGUGCCUUUGCCAGCUUAGCCGUCAUGUCGGUCCUCUCCGCCCUUCUCGGCGUCAUGUUCCCCUCGCUCUUGCCCAAAAGCCUCACCAACCUCAUGGCCGCUGCGCUCUUCCUCGUCUUCGGCCUCAAGAUGGUGCGCGAUGGCCUGCAGAUGAGCGGCGACGAGCUGCAGGAAGAAUGGCACGAGGCCGAACGCGAAAUCGAAGAGGAAAACACGCACGAACUCGACUCGCUCGAACAAGGCCACACCACCCCCUCCCACUCUGCUACGAAACGCGCCGGUGGGAUGGGCAACACCUUGCGCGAGGGCACCAAGAACCUGUGCGGCCUCUGCUUCAGCCCCGUCUUCGCACAGGCCUUCAUCCUCACCUUCCUCGGCGAAUGGGGCGACCGCUCCCAGAUCGCAACCAUCGCUCUCGCCGCAGCGCACAACGUCACCCUCGUAUGCAUAGGUACGAUCGCAGGCCACGCGUGCUGCACGUCGAUGGCGGUCGUGGGCGGCAGCUGGCUAGCCACCAAGAUCAGCGUCAAGCACGUCACCCUCGGCGGCGCAACGCUGUUCCUCGUCUUUGCGGUGGUGUAUGCCUUCGAGGCGUAUAGCGAGCCGGGUGGGGUGUUGGCAGCGGAGAACGUCGUGCAGAUGGCCAAACAGGCCGCAGGCGCAUAA